AUGGCGCCGCCGGCCUCCCAGCGCUGCCCCGGCGGCCGCAAGCAGCGGCGGCCGCGGCCGAGAGCGUGGCAGGCCGCUGCUCUCGGGGCGCUGGGGGCGCGCGCGGGCGCCGCGCCAGGGGCUUUCUGCCACAGGUGGAGCCCCGGGCCUCACGUGCUGACCAGGGGCGGAGACGCCGCCGCGUGGGUGGGCCCCCGCUGCUGCGGCGGAGGCCCUCGGCCGGCGGUGGCGCGCCGCUCCGCCGAACGGCAGCCAGGCGCCGCCAGCAGGUCGUGGCGGCGGGCGGCCGAGGACGCCAGGCUGUACGAGCAGCGCCUGAACUGGGUGAGGGGCAACGCGUCCUCGGCGGUCCGUGAGCUCGACGGGGCGUUCCUCCGCAACGCCACAAUCGGCGAGGGCGCGUACCCGAGGCCCCCGAGAACGGAGCCGAGGAGGGGCCAGAACAGGACGCGCGCGGACGUCUUGGGCCUGACGGAGCUGUUCGAAGACAGCCAGCCCCGCGAGCUCAUGUUCCCGGACGCGGCAGAGACUCCGCCGGUGCUGGUCGGAGAGUGGGCCACUGGACAGCCCAUCGUGGGCAAGUUCUCCUCCGACCCAUCCCUGGUGCUACCGCCUCAGCAAUACGGCGCGAUGCUCACGAUGGGCGCAGCGGACGACCCGCGGGCCAGCCGGGAGGAGAACGAGCUCUGGAAGGAGACGUUGUCGCUGCUGAGCGAGACUCUAGGUCCGUUGUAUUCUGAAGCAGAGGACCUCGUGGCGAAGGUCCGAGCAGCGGAGGAGCGCGCGGAGGGUCGCCGAGGCCCCGUGAUCGAGGAGUUCAGGAAGCGCGUGAUCCAGCAGAUGAUCUACGCGACAGAUGGGAUUUACGACCCCGAGCAGCUAGAAGAGUUGCUGGCAGUGCUGCAGGUCGACUCGCGCUUGACACGGUACUUGUCCUUAUUGGAGAGAUCUGCGAUCAGAGCAGAGGAUCUCCAAGCUCAGAUUCGAAUCGGCCAGGAGGCUUUCUCGCAGCUGCCGGAGGGGUCCCGAGACCGUGACUCGGCAGCAGAGGGUGUCCAACGCGUGUACGAGGAAACGCACAGUCUGGACGCUGCAAUCCGGAGCUGCGUCCGGGCAGCCCAGGAAUUGCCCGAGACUUGGGACGCCGAAGAGAAGCUGCGCGAGGAGUGGGACAAGAUCAACCCCUUCAAGAUGUUCCGGUGA